AUGAUGGCCGAAACGACUGGCGAGGAGCAGCCCUCGUACAUCGAUUACGAAACGUUCCUGGCACCCAGCUUCGACCCAUGUGCUUUUGCGAACACGCUCGUCCAUUCUACCAAUGAUCCGAACGACACGCCGCUAGACCUGUCCACGCCGUUGUCUAGGGUGCUGUUUGACAUUCAAGAAAUCGACUCACACAUCGACCUCCUCACUGCCCGCUCCGCCAUUCCUCUGCUCGCGCACACGAAAGAGCAGACAGAGAAGAGCACCCGCGUGCUCGGCGAGCUCGAGCCACAGGUGCAGUCACUUCAAGAUAGUUACAAGCGACUGGAGAAAGAGGUAAUCCAGAAACAUGCCGAGGCGGACGAGGUCCGCCGGGUGGUUGUGCGGUUGUGGGACACCUUGCGGCUCGGUCGAUCAGUUGGCCGCUGCCUGCAGCUUGGCCGACAGCUGGAGGUGCAGCAUGCAGAACUCGCGGCAGGCGAUGCUUCGAGGAGAACAGACGACAGCCACCAAGCGCUGGUGCGCUGUGCACACACAAUUCUGUCUCUGCGGGAGAUCCUGCAGCAGAAGGCGCCGAGCGAGGAGGGCUACGGCCUGGACAAGGUCAACGCCAUCCGCACUCUGCAAGCCUCUGUCGUGGGGCCCGUCCAGACGUCUGUCCAGGAGACGGCCGAGCGGAUUAUCCGCGAGUUUUCGCUGGGCUCAACAGGUGGCUCGCUGACCUUUGCACAGUCAGAGGAGGCCAAAGCACGCACCGUGUCAGCACUGACGGCCCUGUAUCUGGUCUCGCCGACGGCGCUGGCCCGGAACGAGACGUGGUCGCCGGCGACGAUGCUGCAUGCGUUGGAGUCCUACCUGCGUGCUGCGCUGCAGAGCAGUAUCAGUGGCCUGGCUCGCUCGCUGGCAGCGCUGCCGUCGCUGGAACGUACGCUUGGCGAGGUCAGCGCACGCUGCCAAAACGUCGUCACCCUGGAGGGCCUGCUCAAAUCUACUCCAGUGCCACCACAUCCGUUGCGAGCGCUCCUAACGAUCCCGGCCACAUCCGCGGCUGUCGCAGACAAUGCCAACCUGCUGCAUCCGCUUUUGGCUCGGCUUGAGACCGGCUCAUUGGCCUCAUAUUUUUGGCGGACGCUAGCUAGCAAUCUGUCGGCACGGGUGCAGGACAUUAUGAACCGGGGCGGCGUGUCGGCGCGGACGCUGCGCACGAACAGGAAUAGCGUAGGCGAGGCCAUACGGGAGUGCGUCCUCCGAGGUGUGCUGCCGGCUGGGAACACGGCCGCAAGUAACAGGGCCGGCGGCAGCGGCAAGGCGGCCGUUUGGGACCGGGAGGUUGCCGUCAUGAUGGGCAGUGUGAUCGGAAACCUCGGCCGAUGA